AUGGACAAUUCCAUUCGCCAGCCUCGAAAGUGGUCUUUGGCGGAAGAUCAGAAACUCCGCGAAGAAGUGGAGGCCCAACUCGUGGAAGGAGAAGUCAAGGAUUGGUGCAGAAUCGCCGAUAGCCUCCCUGGUCGAACGAACAAAGAUUGUCGAAAACGGUGGCACAACUCAGUAGCAGGAGGUCUCAAGAAGGGGCAGUGGUCAAAGAGUGAAGAUCAGUUGCUCUCAAGAGGGGUACAACAAUACGGCCAAAAAUGGACAGUGGUCGCAAGCUGUGUCGGAAGUCGUAGCGCAGACCAAUGCGCGAAGCGGUGGCAGCAGUCACUUGAUCCGGAUCUUGAUCGAAGCGAAUGGCGCGACUUGGACGACACAACACUCAUUGACGCAGUCCAGCGACUCGGACGACACUGGAAAGACAUCCAACGUGAACAUUUUCCAGGAAGAUCAAAGAACGAUAUCAAGAAUAGAUAUACGGUCCUCGUGCGAAGAUACCAGAACCAGGGCAUCACCCUUCCCAAUGCCCCAAGUUCUCCAUCCGACUCUGGUACACCGGCCCUGUCGAACUAUGCCGAGGACGAUGACUACCUCUCCCCCAAUUCCCACAUGUACGAUACGUUCCUGUCCACACCAUCACACGGAUCAAGUCGCCAUUCCUGGUCAAGCUUCGACAACGACGCAUACUCAACAUGGUCAUCUCCACAAACAUACGCCAUGCCUACCGCUACAGCCGACCGGAUUUUACAUCAUUCAUCGGUCACUCCGUCUCAGUAUCUAUACACUCAGCCACCACUGGGCUCCAACAUGCCUGCCACAUGGGAUCAAACGUCGCCCUACGCACAUCACCCCUCACCAUCACUGCACACCGGUGCACCCACGAGCCCAUCAGUGUAUGGCUACAGCCCAUAUCCGGUCGCCCAGCAACCAAUAACGCCCCACAACAUUGCUUACACAGCCUCCACGGAGCGAGCAGCAUAUGCCACGAUGCCGAAUUACUCGCCACCUACUGCAUCAGGUCAGCGGGUUUACGACCAAAGCGCAUCGGCAAUGUACCGUGACCCCAGACAUUCACAACAUCCUUACUAUCAGUCGUGA